AUGACACCUACCUUAAACAACAAAUUAUUCUGUCUUAUAGUUUUGUUCAUAAUAAUCAAUUCGAUUAAUGGUUAUCAUAUAAAUCCACGUAUCGAUACAGAAGAUCAAUCAACUAUUGAUGAUGACUUAAUCUUACAUGAUAAAAUUGAUCUACGAAGUGUUCUUUGGCCUAAAAUUUGUUUUAAAACAUUAUUAAAAAGAAAUGACAAUGAUUAUUCAUAUGGUCAAUAUCAACAACAUGAAUAUUACAAACAUAUUUUAAAACGAAAUCCACGAAAAUGCUAUCCAUUUAAUACGGUAUAA